CGAGACUCCACAAUGCCUGGAGUAGCGCAAAGGCAAAUAACAAAGGAAGUGCUCUGUGCUUGACGUCUUAAUGGAUGCGUUGUCUGCGCGUAGGGAUGUAUAACUAGAACUAUCUCGAAGUGGCACUUCCCACUGGUCUCCGGAGCAUAAAAAGGGUCCUGGCGUCUGGUUGUUCUCGCCUGUAUCCUUGUCUUAUACCACAUCCUCCACGUCGUAGUAGUUUGACAUGACUCGUACGGAGCGCGCCACAUACCCUCGUGCUGCGAUGAGGGACCGUUCCCUAUCCAAGUCGGGUCUGGACAAUCACAUCCGCAAGGGUGGUGGUGGUCAUCACAACUGGGGAAGGCUUGCAGAGGAAGAAUACCUCGAGGCGGCGGCAAGGGAGGAUAACGCCCAUGAAUUCUCCAAGGAGUUCGACGAGCACGGUAAGAAAGUCGAUGCCCGCAAGCUUACGAAGGAGCGGUCAAGUUCACUGUCAGAGGAAGAUAUCCAACGGGCUAAGGAAAUCAGGAAGAACGCCCUCAAGGAUGAUGAUAUUGACCUCACUACCAUUGCUCGUACUUCCUCUGCUGUUUCCACCUCUCCCCCUCGUUUCGGUGACCUCUCAUCUGUAGAGACGUCCAGCGCCGUGUCAAUUUAAUCCGUCGGAAGACGCGACUGGCUACUCUACUCUUCUGUUUGCCUUAGCCUGUCUGACAUAGCCCGCAAAGACUCUGUAUUAGUGUUGACGUUGUGACCAAGUAACCUAUCAUGUAUGCUACAAAAACGAACGAACCUUAGUAUUUGCGAUUUUUU